UGAGAGAGAGAGAAAAGAAAGUGAGAAAAGAGCGUAUGUGUGAAAAAAAGUUAGUGUGAAGUGUUUAUGUGUGUAUGCGAAAGUGAGUUGAUGUGAGUAUGUGUGUGUGUAAGGGAUAGAGAAAGAAAGAGUAAAAGAGAGUGUGGGUGUUACACCGCACUCCGUAUGUGUGCGUGUGUGUGUCAGAGCUGCAAAACUUCAUUCCACUCUGUCGCAACAACGAUAUGUGGUUGACAGAUACGAGUAACGUGCUUUGUAGAUUAAACGUGAAGAUUUUUGCAAUAAAUUCAUAGCAGUGUCAAAUACAGUCUCACUUAACUUUACUAUAAUUAUUGCAAUUAUUAUAAUUAUCAUCAUUUACCAUCAUAUUUAAGAUUUUCACGAAUAUUUAUCACAAACUUACAGAGAAAGAAAAAACAAAAAAACAAAGGAGAAACAAAGAGAGAUCAUCAAAUAGUCGAGAUUACGUUAAAGUAAUAAAGAAAAAAGGAAACUCUUUAAAAGAACAUGAAUAUAAAAUAAUUUAUGAAGGAAAAAAAACGAAAUAAAACUUUAGGGAGCUUACAAACGAUUGUAAAGAAAAUUACACUUUGUUCCACAAAAGGACACAACAACAAAAAUAAUAAUAAUAUUAUUAUUAUCAUAAUGGAUUCUACAGUGAACCCUUAAAUUGUUUGGAAUUGAAAUGAAGAACACUUUAAGGAGAGGUGAUUUCUGAAGUGAAUUUUAUAUAUGUAUAUGUAUUACAUGUAUAUAUAACGAAAUAAGUCUUUUAAUGUUGCAGAAUAUGAGAGAUUGUUGUUUCUGUCAAACGAUAAUCUAAAGAAAGCGACGAAGUCUGAAGUUUGGCGAGACAGCUUCAGAAAAUAAAGUUUGGUUCGACAGCAUCGUAGAAUAAAGCUUGUGAGUGACCUGCUGAAAAUAUCAGCAGCGUCAUUCCUUACCAAAAUUCUUGGACUCUGAUUUGCUGUACAGCUUUCGUUGUUUUCUUCUUUUUUUAUAUAUAUUUCACACUUUUCCUUGCCCUGGACUUACACAAUGGAAUGUAAAUAUUUGGCUUUCUUGGUGCUAGCUGUCGUUGCUUAUUUAUGUAUUGGAGCGGCUAUCUUCCAGGAAAUCGAAGAAGAUGAAGAAAUUAACGAAAGGACCAAAAUUCGGAACGAAAUCAAAUAUUUUACCGCCAAUCACUCAUGUCUUGACAAGGAAAGACUUGCCAGUUUCCUAGAAGCCAUCGCCAGUGACCCUCUCUAUGCUUAUAAUGUUAUUCAGGGGAAAAGCCAUGUGACAAACCGAUGGACAUUUUCCGGAUCUUUCUGUUUUGUGGUAACAACAGUGACAACAAUCGGUUAUGGCGUCAUGGCUCCUGUGACAGAUGCCGGCAAAAUUGUGGUGAUCAUAUAUGCUCUGAUAGGCAUCCCGUUGACUCUUGUCAUGUUGGGACAUGUCGGAGACAAGCUGAAGGAUGUUGCUAACAAAAUCAACAACUUGAGCCUUUUUUCGCGUAAACCAAUCAUUAACAAAGCCGCAAACAUGGCCAUUAUCAUUAUUCUGGGGUUGACGUUACUGUUUGUAGCUCCUGCGCUUAUUUUUCAAGCGGUGGAAAAAUGGACGAUCUUAGAUGCUAUAUAUUUCUGUUUUAUCACUCUUAGUACCAUUGGCUUUGGGGAUUAUGUUGUUGGGAUUGGAGAGAAAAGUGAGACUGACGAAGCUAGCACUAAUGUUUACCGAAUUGUCACUUAUGCUUGGAUUGUCAUUGGUUUGGCUUAUAUUGCUCUUAUUAUCAACUAUAUCAGUAGUACGUUGGCAAAGAAGGGACAACAAGUACAGAAACAUGUGAAAAGACUUGAGUCCAGCAUGGAAAACCUGCAUCGGGAGAAAACACUUUCAAAGCCAGAAAAAAGUGAAAACAAUCAGGUACCGAUGUCGCCUGAGGAUAAAAAGUCCAUGCAAGAAAAUGGAAUAACACUAGUGAAGUUCCUUCCAAGCAGAGACUUCAAAGUUGAACCAAUUAACUAAUGAUGGAUCUAAUAAACUAAAGGAUUUAAUAUUUUCGACAUAGUAUUUCUUAACAUUAAUCUGAUUAAUUAUCAUCUUGUAUCUAUAUAUAUAUAUUCAUAUAAAACCAUUUGUAUCAAUAACAUCACAUUGAAUACUAAUAAUAUCAUACAUUUCAUGCAAACCAUCCUCAUAUCACACAUUGUAUAUUGCACAAAGAAAAAAGGAUUUUUAAACAUUCACACAUACACACACACACACACACACAUGCAUACAUACAAAUAUAUAUAUAUAUAUUUAGAGAAUGUUAGUUAUGGCCAGUUCAUAGGGUUACCAAGUGUUUCGCAUUCAUAAAGUAUUAGCUUUAGACAUGUCUCAUCAGACCUUAAUGGCUGGUGACCUAUAACCUUUCUUCAUUAGGGUCUGACUAGACGUGUGUAAAGCUAAGUGCUUUAUGGACACGAAACCCUAGGUAACCCUUUAAACUAACAUUCUCUAAAUACUCUCCUGCUCUAUAACUUAGAGUGUGCUUCUCUUUCAGAUUUAUAAUUUACUGAUGAAAUACACACACACACAAACACACUCACAAAAACACACACACACACACAAACGCACUCGCUCACACACAUACACACUUGUUCACACACAUUCUCGCUCACACACUUGCUCACACACACACACUCGCUCACACACACACUUGCUCACACACACACACACACUCGCUCACACACACACACACACAAACACUCACACACAAACACACACUCACUCACACACACAAAAACACACUCACACACACAAACACUCACUCACACACACAAAAACACACUCACACACACAAACACUCACUCACACACACACACACACUUACGUACAUAUACAUACCUACUUAGUGUUGGUUGUUGGAAAAAAGAGUACUCAACACCAUAGUAAAAGUAAAGUCAUUCUCUUGCUACUCUGAAUUUUAUGCACAAAAUACAUAAUAAAGAAACACAAAGAUACAUACAUUUUUUAUUUUAUUUUAAAACUUCUAAUUUCAAAAGACUGUUUUUCGAAGAACAUUUUUUUCCUAAAUAAUACGUUUCAAAGUGAACAGAUUAAUUAACUUUGGAAACGAACCGAAAUUCCAUCCUCAUGCCAUGAAGCAUUGAAUGUCUCUUUUCAAUGCUGAUUGACACAUUUGAUCAGUGAAAAUUUAGUUUUUGUCAAAGUGUAACACCAGUGUUUGAGAGUGACCAAUAUAGCUGGUGUAAUCAGUAUUAUUGUAUUACUGUGGCUUAUUUUAUGGAUUCCAGAUGGAUUUAGAUUUGAAUGAAUUUUAAGUCAGAACCCAAAGGGAUGAAGUUUAAAUCCUGUUAUGAAAACAAGGGCAGAUAUAAUUGCUAAAUGCUAAAACUCAGUCAAUUAUAUUCAGGAAUCCCCAAAAAGAUAUGAAGAAAAGCAAAAAGAAACAGUAACCCACCACCAAAAAUAAAAACGAAAAUGAAACAAAAGCAACAAAUAAGAGUGCAGUAUAAAUGUAAUUGUGGAAGCGCGUGGCUUAGUGGUUAGGGUGUCAGCACCAUGAUCGUAAGAUUGUGGUUUCGAUUCCUGGAUCGAGCAACGCAUUGUGUUCUUGAGCAAAACACUUCAUUUCACGUUGCUCCAGUCCACUCAGCUGGCAAAAAUGAGUAACGCUGAGAUGGACUGGCGUCCCGUCCAGCUGGAGAACACAUACACCAUUGAAACUGAGAAACCGGGCCCAUGAGCCUGGCUAGGCCUUAAAAGGGCGCAUUUAUUAUUAUUUAUAAAUGUAAUUAUCCUAUGAAAGAAAGGAGAGGAAGAAAAACAUUUGUCAUGGUGUAGAUAUGGCUGUGUGGUAAGAAGUUUGCUUCCCAACCACCUGGCUUCAAGUUCAGUUCCACUGCAAGACACCUUGGGCUGAAAUCUUCUAAUAAAGCUCCAGGUCAACCAAAGCUUUGAGAGUGGAUUUAAUAGACACAAACAGGAAGAAGUCCAUUGUAUAUAUUAUAAUGUGUGUGAGCAUGUGUCUGUGUAUGUGUGUGCCUUUGUGUCUAUCCCCCCAUUGUUUGAUAACCAGUUUUGGCUUGUUUACAUCCCUAUAACUUAGCAGUUAGUCAAAAGAAACUGAUAGAAUAAGUACCUGACUUUAAAAAUAAGCCCUGGGAAUGAUUUGUUCAACUAAAAGCCCAGCAUGACCACAAUCCAAUCUCUGAAACAAGUGAAAGAUAAAUGAAAAAACAAAUACAACUUUCUAAUGUUUCAGCAGUUGCACUUAAUGAAGGACAUCUAUUCAUUCUGUUGAUUUUCUUCCUGUGCCUUUUCUUUACUCCAUAUUGUAAUUGCAUUGAUGCUCUACAUUUGUUUGUUAUUUUUAUUUUUGGAGGAAGUUUUGCCUUGGUUUUGCCCAUAUUUUAACUGGAUAUCUGGAUAUUAACCCUUUCACUGCAAAAUUAAAUCUCAUGGUUAUUUCAGCCAGUAUUGAUGUUGAAUAUCUACUGAAAAUAGAACUGAUAUUUUCUGCAACUCGUGUUGUCUCAAUAAAGUUAACAAAUCUCAACAGAAAAUAAUUUCAAAAGACAUUUUCAGUAAAAAAUAGGUUGUUAUGUAAAACUGCUUUCUGUGGUUAACGGUAAUGAAGUUUUGAGUUGAUAUAUCUGCUUUCCACAGUAAAAAAAAUUAAUGAUUGUACUAGCACAAACUUAAUCUGGUAUACCACUAGAUCUAUCAAUCAAUCAAAUUAUAAUCCUUAAAACUCAGUGAGAUACCAUCUCUAAAACUCAACAGAAUUAAUCACUGAAAAUCAAUAAAUUAUAAUCAAAAUUUCAA